AUGAAGCGCUUCCUCCAGCCAACUCGUGUAAAUUUGAUAUUGAAUUCAAACAUCUGUCGCUUGAGAUGCUCAUCAUCUCUUUCCCAGCGACCUGGCGCUGCAAGCGUAUGCUUUCCAGGUGCAGUUAACAGCAAGUUUACCAAGACCUUGAAAUUCGAGCUUCCCUCUUCAUACCCUGCGAUCCCUACCUACCGUGCAAUGGCUCCUGAUGGAGAAAUAAUUGACCCAGAAUUCACCCUAGUAUCGGACCAGAUUGCCCUUGACAUGUAUAUCAACAUGUUGGGAGUUUGUAUUAUGGAUAUGAUUAUGUACGAUGCGCAACGUCAAGGGAGACUCAGUUUUUACAUGACUUGUCAGGGCGAGGAGGGCAUAUGUGUCGGCUCAGCUUCUGUGUUAGAAAAUGCAGAUGUCGUCUUUUCCCAAUAUCGUGAAGCAGGAGUAUUCAAACAGCGCGGUUUUGCAUUUUCAGACUUCAUGAAUCAACUCUGUGCGAAUAGAAAAGAUCCCGGGAAAGGACGGAACAUGCCUAUCCACUACGGGAGCAAAUCUUUAAAUAUGCAUACCAUUUCCUCACCACUAGCUACCCAAAUCCCUCAGGCCGCGGGAGCUGCUUACGCACUCAAAGUACAAAGACUCACAAAUCCAAGUAUCCCAUCUAGAAUAGUAGCUUGCUACUUUGGAGAAGGAGCCGCUAGUGAAGGUGAUUUUCAUGCUGCACUUAAUAUAGCUGCGACACGGUCUUGUCCAAUCAUAUUCAUUUGUCGAAACAACGGCUACGCAAUCAGUACACCAACACUUGAGCAAUAUAGAGGUGAUGGGAUCGCUAGCCGGGGCGUCGGCUAUGGUGUUGACACAAUCCGCGUAGAUGGUAACGAUGUGUUCGCGGUGCGUGAAGUCACUAGGCGUGCACGAGAAAUUGCGCUGCAGGAUGGUGGACGACCGGUCCUCAUUGAAGCCAUGUCGUACCGAAUUUCGCAUCACUCAACUAGCGAUGACUCAUUCGCCUACCGAGCCCGUAUCGAAGUAGAAGAUUGGAAACGGCGCGACAAUCCUGUCUCUCGACUUCGCAGGUACUUAGAGAAGCGCGGAGUGUGGACUGACGAACAUGAACACACAACGCGAACGAGAUUACGUAAAGAAAUACUACAGGCUUUUGCCGAGGCCGAGGAAGAGAAGAAACCACCCAUAAGGACUAUGUUUGAGGAUGUUUAUGAAGACAUGACCUCUGAGACUAAAACACAAAUGCUCGAGCUCAAAAGCGUCUUAGAAACCUAUCCUGAAGAAUAUGAUCUUACUGCAUUCCAAGGUGAAUAA